AUGUUUGGAAAUGGAAAUGGAAGUUUUCAAGAGGAAAUAGAAGUGCACUUUAACGAUAGCAGUACGCCGUAUAAUGUUGCUGUUAGUGACUUUAAUAAUGAUAACUUAUCAGAUAUCGCUAUAACCGUAAAGGAUUAUGAUAAUAUUGUUAUACUACUUGGUAAUGGUGACGGAACUUUCAAAGAACAUAUGACAUUCUCGAUCGACAAUGAUAAUAAUUCUAUGGGUCCCAUGGUUGUUAAUGAUUUUAAUAGUGAUGGUCUGAUGGAUAUUGUUGUCGCUACAAACGAUGCAGAUAAUUUAUAUGUGCUUCUUGGCAAUGGCAAUGGGACUUUCGGAACACAAAUAACUUAUUCGACUGGACAUUUGAAUGUUCCAUCCUGGGUCGCUGACGGUGAUUUCAAUACUGAUGACUUAUUGGAUAUUGUUAUGGUUCACCGUGAUCUUGACAACAUAGAUGUAUUCCUUGGCAACGGCGACGGGACGUUUCAAGUACCAAGAACACUUUCUACUGGUGAUAUGACUGAACCAAUAUCGAUUGCAGUUGGUGAUUUUGAUAAUGAUGGCCUACUGGAUAUUACUUUUGGUAUGUCCAUGGGUAAAGGUGUCGGUGUGAUGCUUGGUAAUGGAGAUAGUACUUUCAAACAACCAUUACUGUUUGUUAUUGAACCUGGUAGUGCGUUGAGUCAGGUCAUUGUGAGCGAUUUUAACAACGAUCAUCGACUCGACAUCGGUUUUAUUGAUAGUAUGAGAAGCAGUGUGGGUGUACUAAUUGGUAACGGCGAUGGAACUUUUAAAGAUGAGAUCAUUUCGUUUACUAUAGUUAAUCAUAGCCCAACUUGGAUUUCUGUUGGCGAUUUUAAUAACGAUGGUUUAUCGGAUAUCGUCUUCAGCAAACAAUCUAUCAACAGUAUAGGAAUUCUACUAAAUGCUUGCUAA